CACCACCGAGAGCCACCGCCUGUCGAGGGGCCGAGGUCCCGGCUGGCCCCGACAUGGGCAACCUGCAGAGCGACGCCAAGAGGAAGACCAAGAAGGGCAAGAACGCUGACGGGACGGCCAGCGUUCAUGGGUCCGUCGACGGCCUCGGGGACACCACCGACACUGGGGACGACGGGGAGACGGAGGACGAGACGCCCGUCAGGAGGCCAGCCCCUGCCAGGCCGGAAGAGAAGCUCCCGAGGCCGACUUACCACGGCAAGCGGCAGGCGCCCAAGCCACCGGGGUCCGCCGUGAGAAAGGUUCCACAGCCAGAGCCCGAGCCUCCGGACGACUCGACUCAGAACCAGCGAGAGAGCAACGAAGCGGAAUAUGGUGCUCGUCGAUCCACGGACACGGCGGAGUCGGCGGAAGCGACGGCGGAAGUUGAUUUAUCGAAUACGCUGUUGGUGCCGGUGUCCUGUCCCCCUCAGAAGCAAGGGCCGGUCGUUCUAGUCACCGAUUCCUGGCGACUGGCCAAUAAAAGUCACGUCGUGUCGGAGAUCUCGAUGCCUCCCAGCCAGGAGUCCUCCAGCGACAGCGUCUUCACCGAUCCCGACGACCAAGGAGCGGACGCCGCGAAGAAGGAACUGUCGGACUCGGCGUCGACGACGACGAUAGCAGCGACGACGCUUCCGGUCCCGAAGAUACAGGAGAACGAGCCGAGUCCUCUUCCUCCGCAAGCUGGUGAGUCUCGCGUCGAGCGGAUGGUUUAUCUUUUGAAAACUCAGUCGUUUCACCCUUUGCCCUCGAGAAUAUUUUUCUCAAUAAAUAUUCAUUUUCUGGUGAAACGUCAAUGUUUCUUGCAAUUAACACAAAGAAAUACCUUGCAUACAUUAAGCGACAGAACUAUUUUAUUUCGAUGUUCGAGUUUUCAAUUUUACAAUUUUCUUUGGUCAAAUCAAAUGGCGGCCGGAAGGCGCCUCUCGAGUGCAAAGGGUAAAUCCUUUCACGCAGAAAAGAGAAAGAAGCGGAUCGUGGACACGCUGAUCUCGGUGCUGCCCGAGCAACUCAAGUCCAGGCUCACGGAGGCGGAGGUCGAGCAGUUCGCCACGAGGUUGUACUCCAGGUUGCAUUCGGAUGGGCUCUUCGGGUCGAUCAACUUUGACAGCGCGACGCAGAACAAGGAAGCCGCUGAAGAACCACCGAGAGAUCGCAGGGACUCGGAAAAAGAAACUCUGCGGAAAGAAGUGGAGAGACUCCGCGAGCUGACGAAGAACGCAGACAGAGCCACCCAAGGCAAGUCCACGCAGACCUCCCCUUUGACUGUACCUCCAGAGCAAAGGACCAAUGACGUCAAGUCGAGAACGUCCGGAGACUCGGAGAGAUCCAGCGUGCAAGAAAUCAUCCUCGAGGAACCGCGCCCAAAGACGCCAAUCGCAAAUGGACCUAAGGAAGCGAAAGCUCCUAAAAACGACGUCAUCAGGAGCAAUCUCGUGUCACCGUUAUCAUCUCCAGCGUCGCCGUUGCCUCCAUCUCCUCCAGCUCAUUCCAGCGCGGCUCCGCCGCCCCCUCCACCUCCUCCGCCACCACCGUCGCCUUUCCUAGACCAUCGUCCACCUCCUGCACCCACACCUCCAGCUGCCCCCACGUUCUCCAUUCCACCUCCGCCUCCGCUGCCACCGUGCCCUCUGGCUGCUCAGUCGUUCUUAGGUUUCCAGGACAGUCCCUCGAUUCCUCCGCCGCCUCCGCCUCCUCCACCUCCCGCACCGUCGAUAGGAGCUCUCGGAGGUUCCAUUCCACCUCCUCCGCCUCCUCCCUCGACUCCUCUGAUCGGAGGAGUGCCGCCGCCGCCGCCUCCUCCGCCUAUCGGAGGUGUCCUCGGCGGAGCUGGCAUCCCUCCUCCGCCGCCUAUCGGCUGUCUGCUCGGAGGACCUUCCCUUCCGCCGCCUCCGCCGUUGCUGGGAGCCUCCGGAGGACCGCCGAGACCUCCGCCUCCGCCCGGAGGAUUCUCCGGCAGUCCGGGGCCUUGUCCUCUGCCGGCCCCGCCGGCGGGUGGAUGGAACCCGGCCAGCAGAGCGUGCAUGAGAAAGGAGCCCAUGUGCCCAGAGGUGCCCAUGAAGCCGCUGUACUGGACGAGGAUACUGGUGCCGGUGGCGCAGACAGAGCGUGGUUCCGUAGAAGCUUCAGACUCUCCCGCUCAAAUUCCACUAUGGGCGGAGCUAGAGGAAGAGAAAAACCUGGACAUGAAAGAGUUCGCCGGCCUGUUCUCGCGCCAGGUGACCGAGCGAAAGCCAGUGAAAAAGGUAGACGACAUCACGAAACCGUCUAAGAUCCAGCCAGCGAAGAUCCUCGACUCGAAGCGCUCGAAAACGGUCGGUAUACUCGAGAAGAGCUUGCACGUGGACUUCUGCGAGGUGGAGAACGCCGUCUACAAUCUCGACACGAGCGUGGUCAGUUUGGAAGCGCUGCAACAGAUAUACGAAAUUAGACCAACUGCCAAGGAACUGGAGGAGAUAAAGUCCUUCGAGGAAUCGAACCCGGACAUCCCGCUGGACCAACCGGAGGUCUUCCUCAAGAAACUCGCCAGUAUAAACAGCUUCUCCGAGCGGAUCGCUUGUCUGAUGUUCCAAAGCGAGUUCCACGACGCGAUCUCCUCGGUCUCGUCGAAGCUAACGAACCUGCGCACCACCUGCGACUUUCUGAGGAACUCCAGCUCCUUGAGGAAGGUGAUAGCGUUGGUCCUGACCCUUGGCAAUUACAUGAACGGCGGCAACAGGACUAGAGGACAAGCGGAUGGUUUCGGUCUAGAGAUCCUGGGUAAACUGAGGGACGUGAAAUCGAACGUACCCGGUAUAACUUUGCUGCAUUACGUUGUGAGGGUGAGGCUCGAUCAGGAGAAGGAUCACAAUUUCGAGGAACCGCUGCCGUUGCCUGUUCCGGAGCCAGCGGACAUCGAAGCUGCCUCGAACAUCAACUUCGAUAACAUCUCUGGGGAGCUUGAAAGGUUGCGGAAAGAACUGGAAGCCUGCACCAAGAAAUGCGAAGCAGUGGUAGAAGCUGACCCCGAAGGUUCGAGCUCGUUCAAGUCGAAGAUGGAUUCGUUCUUCAGCGAGGCGAACGUGGAACUGGCGAACGAGCAGGAAGCGUUGCAGGAAGCCAGGAGCAAGUUCAAGGCGGUGAUGCUGUUCUACCAGUACACUCCCAAAGGAAGCAGUCUAGACAAUGCAGAUCCGAACGCGUUCUUCGUGCUCUGGCUGGGUUUCUGUCAGGACUUGAAGGACAUCUGGAAAAAGGAGCAACAACGAAUAAUGAAGGAGCGAAUGGAGGAGAUGCGCAAGAAGUUCGAAAACAAGAACAAAGUGGAGAAGACCAAGAAGAGCGCGACUGGAUUGAAGACGCGCCUUCAGAGGCUCGCGCGGAAGUAAAGAAUCGCUGUUCGUUGAUCGUUUUCUACAGUAUUCAAGAUUGGUCCAUCGGCACAAUUCGUCGUCGGGAUUAGCUAAUCCGCGGAAGAACGCCUAAUCUUCGAGCGAGGAUAGCGAACUGGCUGCCUCGGAAGCGACAGCGCGCACAGGCGGGACCGAUCGAUCGGAUCGGACGUGUCCCGAUCGUUCGCCCGAGCUUAUACGGCACUAAAAUUAUCCGAUCGAACGCACGACACGUAUCGCGUAGGGCAUGAUGAAUCUGUUACUGUAAAUAGGAUCGUUAAAUUUGCACAAGAAUGAUUUGUAUAUACGAUGUUUCGCGUAUUGAAGAAUUUUUCCGAUUAUUGAGAAUUAAACGAGUAAU